GAGAAGUUUUUAUUUUUAAAAUGUAGUUGUUACUGGAGGUUGGGUUUGGCAUGCUGUCAGCUUCCAUCAAUCAUUAAUUAAUUUUUCGUGGUCAUUCUUGACCAAAGUUCCUCCCAGUCCUAUAUUUCAAAGGUAUCACGUAUAAAGUGACAGUCAGCUGUAUGAAGGAAUUACACCAUUUCCAAGAGAUAAAUCUUAAGGUAAGGCAUACACUUGAUCUUUUUGUUCCUGUGGACAGAUGUGGUGUACCGGGGGCCCCAUCGAUUUAUUAAAUUAUGGGAGACUGGUCAUUUCUUGCAACGCUGCUGGACAAAGUCCAGACCCACUCCACGGUCAUCGGAAAGGUCUGGCUCACCGUCCUCUUCAUCUUCAGGAUCCUGGUUCUCUCUGCCGGAGUGGAGAAAGUGUGGGGGGACGAGCAGUCGGGGUUCAUCUGCAACACCAAGCAGCCCGGAUGUAAGAACGUGUGCUACGACCACGCCUUCCCCAUCUCCCACAUCCGCUUCUGGGUGAUGCAGAUCAUCUUCGUCUCCACGCCGACGCUCCUCUACCUGGGCCACGUCAUGCUCAUCGUGCACAAGGAGAACAAGCUGAGGCGCCAUUUGCAAAGCCAGGAGGGCCACGCGCUGAAGGCGCCCAAAUACAGCGACGAGAGGGGGAAGGUGAAGAUCAAGGGCGAUCUGAUGGGUAGCUAUUUGGUGAACGUGUUUUUUAAGAUCUUGUUCGAGUCAGCUUUCAUCGUGGGCCAGUAUUAUCUUUACGGUUUUAUGCUUGUGCCCAUGUUCGAGUGCUCCAGAACUCCCUGCCCGUUUACCGUGGAGUGUUACAUGUCACGACCCACGGAGAAGACCAUUUUCAUCAUCUUCAUGCUGGUGAUGGCCUGCGUGUCUCUGCUGUUAAACGUGGUGGAGAUCUUUCACUUGAUUUGCACCAGGUUCAAGGGUGGAUCUCGCAGACACCGGAAAGAUCAGGUUAUUCCAGUCAGCAUUCGUCUUCAAAGCGAUGCAGUUCUGCAGAAUAGGGAGAAUGCGCUGCAUGAUAAAGUCGACCUCAGCUUUGGAGCUGGACAGAAUGAUAAUCAGAGCACAGCGUAGGAUGAAAAAUGUGCCUCAAUUGGGAACUCUGUAGUGUUCCAUAGAGAAUUUCUGAAAAACAACAAGCAAAAAAGACAGAUAACGAGAUUGUAAAUUCAUGCAAAUUGACUGAAUGCAUGUACUAGGCACACUUCCAAAGACCUUUUUGGAGUUUACUGCCAUUGGACUGCUUUGAUUGUUUUGGUGAAAGCUGUUAAAUGGGUCUUAAAUGCUGCCAUGACCUUGUUCAGCCAAACAAAAGAGAUACAUUUUCAUAUAAAUAGCACAAUGACAUUAUUCAGAGAUAAGUUGCCAUUUUGUGCAAACACAUUAAAUCAGCAUAUUCUUUGUUACAUUUCAUGUUUAACUUAUCUUCGAGUGUCUGAAUUUCUGUGUUUUUUCUUAAUGCUAUGGCCAAAUAUUGUUGUAUGAUGUAUUUCAGUGAAAUUAAAAAUGUCAUGUCCAACCAUUA